AUGGCAACUCGGGGACCUGCCGGUGGCGCUCGCGGCAUGAACAACCGCUUCGCCCAGUUCAAGCUCGUUCUUCUCGGUGAAUCCGCCGUCGGAAAGAGCUCCAUUGUCUUGCGGUUUGUGAAGGAUCAAUUCGAUUCCUUCCGAGAAUCCACCAUUGGCGCGGCCUUUCUGACGCAGACCAUUUCCCUCGAUGAAAGCACUACAGUCAAGUUUGAAAUCUGGGAUACCGCUGGACAGGAGCGAUACAAGUCGCUCGCCCCCAUGUACUACCGCAACGCCAACUGCGCCGUUGUCGUCUACGACAUUACACAAUCCUCGUCACUAGACAAGGCCAAAGCUUGGGUCAAGGAGCUCCAACGUCAAGCCAACGAGAACAUCAUCAUCGCCCUCGCUGGAAACAAGCUCGAUUUGGUUACCGAACAGCCGGACAAACGAGCCAUCCCCGCUGCCGAUGCCGAGGCCUAUGCCAGAGAGGCUGGGCUGCUGUUUUUUGAGACGUCAGCAAAGACGGCCGAGAAUGUUCGCGAGUUAUUCACCGCCAUCGCCAAGAAGCUUCCUCUGGACCAGGUCGGGCCCCGACAUGCUCGACCCGGCCACCGACCCGGUGUGAGUUUGGCACCCGAGAACGCAAACACCAACGUGAGUGGGCCGUGCAGCUGUUAG